CAUCGGGCAUCAGUUGUCGAUGAGUUUGUUAAGAUGAGGUACGUUAUAAUUGCGACACUCACCAUCGGAGUUUUCUGCCUUUCGAUCACUGCUGAACUUUUGGAGCCAAUAUGCGGUGUUGCCCGCGGGCCCGAAUUUAGAAUUGUUAAUGGCGAAACUGCGAUAAUAAAUUCUAGUCCAUGGAUGGCCUUUAUCCACACCUCCACCGCUUUAAUUUGCGGGGGCACCCUCAUCACCAGACGUUUCGUACUGACUGCAGCGCAUUGUCUUAAUGAAGGAAUGGCAAUAAAGGUUCGAUUUGGCGAGUACGAUGAAACCACCACAGUGGACUGCGUCAAUGAAGUUUGCAUCCCGAAAACCGAGGAGUACAACGUAGACAUGGGCUUCCGGCACGGGAAAUUUUCCGAGGAAGAAAACCUGCACGACAUCGCCCUCCUCCGAAUGGAACGGCCAGUGCAGUACCAAGUCCACAUCAAGCCCAUCUGCCUCAUCUUGGACAAGUCAUUCAAGGACGUCUUCGAGGACAUGCAGUGGUUUGUUGCCAUGGGAUGGGGCGAGACCAAAACCAACCAUGUUAAAGGGGCGCUCCAGACCGUGAUGCUCCAGCGUUUCGAUACAAUCCGAUGCUGGGAGUCCCUGACCAGGCCAAUAAACGACGGACAGUUCUGUGCCGGCAGCGAAGGAGGCGACACGUGCACCGGUGACUCCGGCGGUCCGCUCAUCCGGAAUGUAACAUACAAGGGGAUCGAUCGAGCCGUGCAGGUCGGAGUGGUCAGCUACGGCAGUAGGAACUGCACCGGCAUCGGCGUCUACACAUCCGUGACAGAAUACUCAGAUUGGAUCGCCACCAUUGUGCGAAAGAACACCGAUACGCAGGCACCAAGGAUGCCAAAAUCUUACUGCAAUGAGUUCAGUAACCAGGAACAAGUUGCGCGAAAUGAGGACUUUCUCGGCUUGGUCCGUCAUCGUCGUCUGCCUGAUUCUCCGGCAGCAGGAGGGUACAUCUUAACAGCCGCUCACUGCAUUAGGACCAAUCUAAAGGUUCGCCUGGGAGAGCACGAUAGUACAAGGAAUCCCGACUGUCAGGACGGGAUUUGCAAUCCCCCUGCUGAGGAGUUCGACAUCCAGAUGGCAACCAAGCACAGAGCCUUCGGUGCAGCCCUAACCCACGACAUUGCUCUGCUUAAACUGACUAGGAACAUCGUGUUCAAUGUCCACAUCCAGCCAAUCUGCCUGCUCCUCAAUCCGGCGGCUUCUCCCAUUGCGACCGAGUUGCAGGCCUUUGGGUGGGGCAGAACCGCCACCCAAUACUCCUCUUCCGUGCUCCAGACCACGAGGCUAACCCGCUACAACAACAGCUACUGCCAAAGGAGGCUCCCGCUGCUCCCAGUCACCCAGAACCAGAUUUGCGUCGGUCUCCAGGGAUCGGACACCUGCAAGGGCGACUCCGGUGGCCCACUGGUGGUCAAGGUCAACUACGACGGAUAUGCCCGCAGUCUGCAGCUGGGCAUCGUCAGUUAUGGCGAAGAUUACUGCCAAAGCCCGGGGGUCUACACAUUUGUGCCGAACUACAUUCAAUGGAUCCAACAUGUUAUGCAGACAAAUGGGUAUUAACCUUAAU